AUGUAUUCAUAUAUUUCGCUUGAAUUCUUCUAUGAUUUAUAUCCUCAUUUAUUAUGUAUAUUUAUUCCUUCAUUUUUCAUUCAAUUGUUUAUCAAUACACCGAAUUCUUAUUUUCGUGUAAUGGAUAAUUUUACUGGUUUGAUUGAAUUCAUAUCCGGUAUAAUUUGGUCAUUAUUUUAUACAUUGCAAACACAAGUUGAAACAUUACAGUUUCGUCAAAUCUUAGUAACUUUAUGUGUCAUUCUGUGGUCAUUACGAUUGGGCGGAUUUUUGAUCUAUCGAAUGUUUGUUCUUGGUCCAUUGGACACUCGUAUUGAUGAUUUGGCGAAGAAAUAUGGACAACUGGCUAUAAUUGGUUUUUGGUUGUGUCCACAUGCAUUCUGGUCGGUUAUUUGUUGUUUACCCGUCGCCUUACUUCAUGCUUUUCCAAUCACAGAUGUCGAAUUUAGCAUUUUAGAUUUUUUUGGAUUUUCUUUUUGGAUUUGUGGAUUUCUUAUGGAAUCAUUUGCUGAUCAAAACAAAUUGAAAGCAAAACUUGCAAGAAAAAAGAAAUAUUAUCAUCUUGGUACAAUGUGGAACUAUUGUCGAAAUCCGAAUCAUUGUGGUGAAGUUUUGUGUUGGUUAGGAUUAUCGAUUAUAGCUCUCAAUCUCUUUUUUCAUCAUUCUUUACAUCGAUAUAAUCUUUUUAUGCUUAUUUUGCCACAAAUUAGUCCCUUAUUCACUCUGUCGAUAAUGUUAUUUGAAGCUACAUUAGCAUCAGAAAUUAAUAAUAACAAACGUUUUGGAAAUCAAUUAGAAUAUCAUCAGUAUCGUAAACGAACAUCCGUUCUUUGGCCAAUCACAUCUGACAUUUAUCUUCGUUUACCUAAAUGGAUAAGAAAAACGUUAUUUUUUGAUUUAGAUAUGUACAACAAAGGACUUAAAAAAUAA